GGACAGUGGUACAGACUCCAGGCUCUGGGUCACAAAGUCAAGUUCGAAUCCUGAUUCUCUGUGAGAAUUUGGAUUAAAAAUAUGAUCUUGCCCAGGAAAGGCAGCACAGGUCUGUAAUCCCAGCACUUGAAAGGCUGAGGGAGUAGGAUUGCUGUGAGUUCGAGACCAGAAUGGACUACACAAUGAGUUCAAGGCUAUCCUGAAUUACAGGGAGAGAUCCUGUCUCAAAUGAAAAGUAAAAAAAGAAAAGAAAAAGCCCUAGUUCCUUGAUUUGGUUGAGGGUGGCUUGACUUCCAAAAACUCAAUACUCGGCGGGCGUGGAGGCACACGCCUGUAAUUCUAGCUCUCUGGGAGGCACAGGCAGCAAACACCUAAAUUGGAGAUCAGCCAGUGCAAAUCUGUCAGAUCCUGUCUCAAGAUAAAAAUAUUUUUAAAGGGUGGGGAUGUAGCUCAGUGCAAUGGCCUCUGGUUCAAUCUCCAAGACUGAGGAAACAAAACCAAACCCUGAUAGAGUUCCGGCAACACUUCGCACUUCUUGGAUGUUCAGUAUAGUCCUCCAAAGCGAAGGCAGAGCCUCUGGCAAGAAGCGGCGGAGAAAGCUUUGGUGGCGCCCUAGCCCGCGGACCAUAGACGAUUCACAUGUGCGGACUCUGAUUGGCUGAAAACGGCGUCUCACAAAAGCAACUUCCGGAGCAGAGGCGGGCGCUGGAAGGAGCAAGGUUUCCUAAGCCAGGCCCAGCUGGCUCGCGUGUGCGGAGCGAUGGCGGCCCCGCUUCUUCGCACGCGGUUGGUCGCGGAUGCGCCAGCUUCAGCAUCUACGGUAGCGGCGCUGGGCGCGUCGGGGACAGGGAUUUCAGAUAUGCUUGCAUUAAAGAAUAAUUUCUUCAAUUCUCCUCCAAGAAAAACUGUUCGGUUUGGUGGAACUGUGACAGAAGUCUUGGUGAAAUACAAAAAGGGUGAAACAAAUGACUUUGAGUUGUUGAAGAAUCAGCUGUCAGAUCCAGACAUAAAGGAUGACCAGAUCAUUAACUGGCUGUUUGAAUUCCGUUCUUCUAUCAUGUACUUGACAAAAGACUUUGAGCAGCUUAUCAGCAUUUUGUUGAAGUUGCCUUGGUUGAACAGAAGUCAAACAGUAGUGGAGGAGUAUUUGGCCUUUCUUGGAAAUCUAGUAUCAGCACAGACUGUCUUCCUUAGACCAUGUCUCAGCAUGAUUGCUUCUCAUUUUGUACCUCCCAGGGUGAUCAUUAAGGAAGGUGACAUAGAUGUUUCAGAUUCCGAAGAUGAAGAUGAUAAUCUUCCUGCAAAUUUUGACACAUGUCACAGAGCCUUGCAAAUAAUAGCAAGAUAUGUCCCAUCGACACCAUGGUUUCUUAUGCCAAUACUGGUAGAAAAAUUUCCGUUUGUUAGAAAAUCAGAAAGAACAUUGGAAUGUUACGUUCAUAAUUUACUAAGGAUAAGUGUCUAUUUUCCAACCUUAAGGCAUGAAAUUCUAGAACUUGUUAUUGAAAAGCUACUCAAGUUGGAUGUGAAUGCAUCAAGGCAGGAUAUUGAAGAUGCUGAGGACACAGCCGCUCAAGCUUGCAGUGGGACAGAUUCCAUGGAAGGAUUAUUUAAUAUGGAUGAAGAUGAAGAACCUGAAUGUGAAGCAAAGGGUACUCCUGAGCAGCUUGGUCAGAUGGUCCAUCCUGUAGCUGAACGCCUGGACAUCCUGCUAUCCUUGCUUUUGUCCUAUGUCAAGGAUGUCUGCUAUGUGGAUGGUAAGAUUGAUAACAACAAAACAAAGGAUUUAUAUCGUGAUUUGAUAGCCAUCUUUGACAAACUCCUGUUGCCCACCCAUGCCUCCUGUCAUGUACAGUUUUUCAUGUUUUACCUCUGUAGUUUCAAAUUGGGAUUUGCAGAAGCAUUUUUGGAACAUCUCUGGAAAAAAUUACAGGAUCCAAAUAAUCCUGCCAUCAUCAGGCAAGCUGCUGGAAAUUAUAUUGGGAGCUUUUUGGCAAGAGCUAAAUUUGUUCCUCUUAUUACUGUAAAGUCAUGCCUCGAUCUUUUGGUUAACUGGCUGCACAUAUACCUUAAUAACCAGGAUUCAGGAGCAAAGGCCUUUUGUGAUGUUGCUCUUCACGGCCCGUUUUAUUCAGCCUGCCAAGCUGUGUUCUACACCUUUGUUUUCAGACACAAGCAGCUUUUAGGUAGCAACCUAAAAGAAGGUCUAAGCUACCUUCAGAGUCUGAAUUUUCAGCGUAUUGUGAUGAGCCAGCUAAACCCUCUGAAGAUUUGCCUGCCUUCCGUGGUUAACUUCUUUGCUGCUAUCACAAAUAAAUAUCAGCUCGUCUUCUGCUACACUAUCAUUGAGAGGAACAAUCGGCAGAUGCUACCAGUUAUUAGAAACACAGCUGGCGGGGACUCAGUGCAGACCUGCACAAACCCACUUGACACCUUCUUCCCCUUUGAUCCUUGUGUGCUUAAGAGGUCAAAGAAAUUCAUUGAUCCUAUUUAUCAGACAUGGGAAGACAUGAAUGAUGAAGAGCUUCUGGAAUUUAAGAAACCUGUAAAAAAGGAGAUAAUAGAAGAUGAAGAUGAUGACUUUUUGAAAGGUGAAGUGCCUCAGAACGAUUCUGUGAUUGGAAUUACACCGAGCUCCUUUGAUGCACAUUUCCGAAGUCCUUCCAGUAGUGUGGGCUCCCCACCCGUGGUGUACAUGCCUGUCCACUCCCCUCUGGUCUCACGAAUUUGUGACUGAGGUGCAUCGUUCUUCCCAGUAUAGCCUUCAGUGCCCAGGCUCAUACUGUUUCGGCAUUGACUGGAGUGUAGGACAUAGCUUAGGCACUGUACAUUCUAUUUAUAGACAUCAUCUAGUAUCUGAAUGGACAUAUUUUUGUUGUUUUCUUUUGCUUCUCAUAGACAGAAGACUAUCAUGUGCAAUAUUUUACAGAGUGGUAAAUGUUGAAGACUGCUUGUUAAUUUAAUGUAUUUUUUAAAAAUGUCAUUGUGAAAUUUUUAUAUCAGCACUAGCCCAUUUUAACAAAUGGUCUUUUUUUUUUUAACAUAGGAUCUUUUUAGAGCCAUAGUCACAGAACUUCCUUGGUAUGAUUUCAGUGACAAAUCCUUUACAGUUCAAGGCCAAACUGAACUACAUAGUGAGACCCUGACUCAGAAAACAACAAAAAUCAGAAUUUUUAUUUUGUCUAUAUUGUUUGCUUCUGCUGUAAGUAUGUUUCUGUGUUGGAACUUUACUGAGUUCAGAGAAGAUGGAUGGAAAGUGGGGCGAUGCCAGAGCUGGUCUAAGAUACUGCACUUUUGAACUGGCGUUGAACCUCUCCAGGGACUUCAGAGGACUGUAGAAGACAAGGGAAGAGAGAGGAAUUUAUGAAACAGGAGCAGACAAAUAAUGUACUCAGUGUAAAAAUGGAUUUGAAAGAAAAGUGGAGCUCCAGGUAAAUGUAAUUCAUGUUGAGAAAGUGGGUUUGGGCUUUUGUAAAACAUAAGACAGUAUUUUAUCCUUUGAUUCCCAGGCAUUCUGUUAGAAUGAACCUGCUUAUUUACACCAGCUAAUUUGGUUUUGACCAGUAUCAUUUAGUUUUUUUGAAGUGUUUCUUGGUUAUUUGGUAAAAUGGUUUGUUGUCAACAAUAGUUCAAAGUUACUCCUGCUGACUCCAUCUAAUGGUUGUGCAUAUCAUUGAUAUAGCUUGGUGAAAUCCUUCUGGAGCAAGUCUCCAAGUUUUUGAAACUAAACACCGAGAGAAAAGAUUCUCAGCCUUGCUUUGAACAAUUUCGUGCAAGUGCUUUCAGAGUCCAGAGUUUGAACCUUAAGUAUAUUUCCCUUUUGUUCCUUAUAUGUAUACUUUGUGUCUUUGUGAAAAGUAUAUUUAUUAUCUGCCACACCUAUUUAUUUAAAGGCAAGCAGUAUUUUCUUGAUCACAAGUAUUUCCUAAUGAAAUAUUUCCUAGGGCUGUUGUAUACACUCUUGUAUAAUUACAUUUAUGGCAAUGUAGUUUGAAUUGUCUGUAAAUAACUUUUUUGGAAAAAGGAAAUUUUUAUUGCUUUAAAAAAGGUUUUGAAUAUUGGUGAUUUUCUUUUGGUGACUUGAUUCAAAGUAAUUUAGAACCUUUAAAGUUCUCUUUUUUAACUGCUGACAAAAAUAAGGAUUUUUGUAUCCUGUAUAAAUAAGUAAAUGAAAUUGUAUCCACAGAAAUUAGUAGGAAGUGAGUGGGGUCUCUGAUUUAGGAAGUAGUUAUAAUACAGAAGAAUGUAUAUAUUUACAAAUAAGUUAUUUUAAAGCAAGUUGAAUAAAAUAUCCAUUGUGAAAAUACAACAUGGUUAACCUGGUUAAAUUGUUAUGUCAAUAAGGAGGGGUACCUUAAUAAAAAGACUUCUUACAUAGACA